AAGAAGAAGAAGAAGAAGAAGAAGAGUUGCUAAGGAAGCUCCACAAACAUUUGGAAGGACAAGAGAGCUACUUGAUCGUAUUGGACAAUAUAUGGAGGCAAGAAGAUUGGGAUAUCAUGGAAAGGGUCUUCCCGAAGCCACUCAACGGACAGAAAUGCCGAGUGUUACUCACAACUCACGAUUCUCUUGUAGCCCAUUAUAUCAAUCCAUCAGGUGCUUCGCUUCUACUGCAGACUUUGGAUAAGAAAAAUAGUAUGAAGCUCUUCCUACAGACGUUGUUCAAGUGCUCAAAGGAUCAAAUACCGUCUGAAGCUGCUCUCUUCGAGGAGAUGAUAGAAAUGGCAGGGGAAUUCCUUAAGUUAAGUGGUGGACUCCCACUUCUAAUUGUGCUUAUAGGAGGCCUCUUAUCAGUGAAAAGGAAAAGUGUUUCUGUGUGGGUAAAUCUACUUGAAAUUUUCAACCAGUAUGAAAGAGGUUUUGUUUUCAAGGAUUUAAUAACUUUUUGUUAUGAUGAUUUGCCUGGUUAUUUGAGAUCUUGCUUCCUUUAUCUUAGACUUUUCCCAGAGGAUACCGAGAUCGAGUGUAACGCAUUGAUUCAAUUAUGGGUUGUGGAAGGAUUUUUGAAGCGGAGGGACAGUAAAACCAUGGUAGAUGUGGCAAGAGAUUGCCUUGAAGAGUUCAUCAUGAGGAACCUGAUCGAGGUCACAAAAAGGAGAUCCAAUGGGGCUCCUAAAACUUGUCGCAUUCAUGGUCUUCUUCGCGACUUUGCCAAGUAUGAAAGCAUAGAAGCAAGAUUUUCCAGGAUUUCCAAGGAUAACCAUUUGGUGUUGGUGGAAAGCAAUCGUCCACUUGUCGUACAUCCUAAGAGCAGUGAGCUCCAUGGGGGUAAAUCUUCUGCUAUUCAUUUCCAACCUCCCAAAACUUUUAGUUUGAUGAAUGAUAUCAUUUCUUUUUUGGAGCCCUUCAAAUUUCCAAACCAUGUCUACUCCUUGAUUUGUUUCUCCAAAAACCCCCAAUUUCUUCGCUUUGAUCAACAAUUCCCUUUGCUUAGAGUACUUGAUCUGGAAGGUGUAGAAAAUAUGGUUGAAGUACCCUAUGAAAUUAGGAAUCUCAUCCUUCUCAGGUACUUGAGCUUACGCGGCACCCGCGUAAAACUGAUUCCAUCUUGGAUAGCCAAGCUCCACAACUUACAGACAUUAGAUGCACCGGGUUCCAAGAUUCCAAUCGACACAUUGAAAUUAAAUCAGUUAAGGCAUCUUUUCGCCUAUUCCUUUUACUUUUCAGGUUCUUCUUCUUCUUCUUCUCUGCCUCUAUUGAUUGAUGUUCUUGAGCAUUUACAAACCCUGGAACUAGACAUAGGCGAUUUGGAAAUUAGUGGUCUCCACGAGUUGACAAAUCUUAAGAGUCCUAAGGUUACGUCGUUGUGGUGGUGAUGACAAUGUGGUAAGGGCCAUAGCCUAUUUGAAGUCCCUUAAGUUCUUCAGCUUGACACAAGCAGAUGCAUCGUGUAUUCCGAUGUUACAUUUGCCAUCAUUGUUGCGCCACAGGCAUCUCAAUGAAAUGAUUGUGGAGGGAACAAUUACUGAAGCCAAUGAUUUCCCACCUCAUCUCACUUAUCUGUGGUUGGAGAAUUCUGUGGCGAAUGGGGUAGACCCAUUCAUCCCUCUCCAAAAGCUACGGUUUCUAAAGAAGCUUUGCUUGCGACUGUUUAAGGCCCAGUCCGAUGCUCAAAUUCAAAUUACAUGCUCUAUGGGAGGGUUUCCAAAACUCGAAUAUUUGUAUAUUAGAGUUGAUUUUGAGCUUCGAAAUUGGAUAGUGGAGGAAGGAGCAUUGGCAAGUUUGCAGGUUUUGCAUAUAGAUGGAGAUGCGACCUUAGGAGAGCUUCCACAUGGGCUGAGAUAUAUCAAAACCUUGAAGGAACUUGUCAUUACAAGGGGGUAUGAUGUGAGAGACAACCUGAUGUAUGGUCGAAACGAAUGGGUUGCAGACUUAGGUCUUUCUAUCAAAUAUUUGGAUGAGAGCUCUAUGAGGCCUUGACGACACUGAAACCGUGGUCUGGCUAAUUACACCUAAGGAGCUUCACUACGUUGGAGAAACGCUCUGUAAUUAGUUUAUUACUUAUUUUGCAAUAAGAUGAGGCCCAGAAGUGAUCGUGUUCAAAGGAAUCAAUUUGAUGGAGAUGAUUUGAGUAAAGAUUAGGCACACAAUGGGUUACUAUCUCCUCUCAAUUUCUCAGCCUUAUUCUCAUCUUAUAAGUUUUAAUUUCCCUUUUUUUUUUUUUUUAUGUAGAAAAGGCUUGGAGAAUAAUGUACUGCAUCUUAAUUAUUAUGUUCGUGCACUUGUGUUUGGAUGUGAUCUGUUUAUGUAUCUUUUCCUUCUGCUUUUUUUUUUUCUGUCCUUGUUGUGUUUGAAUUGUCACCUUUGUUACCAGAAUUUGUGAGUGCCUUUAUGUAAUAAUUUGUAUAAUUACUGAUUAAUGUUUGAGAGUGCAGUUAUUUGUCUUCCCUA